AUGGAAUCUGAGAUUCCAAAACACGAAGCAGAGGACACCAAGCAGAAGUGGGAGAUAGAAACAAAUGAUUUAAAGAGCACUGAAGGUAUCUGGAAAAAGAGGGUGAGCUGUAACCAUGCUCUCAGUCUUAAAGGCUCCGAUGGUGCCCAGAUCCUGGAGGCUGACAGAGCUUGCAGUCAAACCAAUUCUGGGGUCACCACACCCCUGAAGGGUGCUUCUGCUUCCCAUGGAAAAAAGCAUGCACUUCGAAAGCAGGACAAGGCUCUGCAAAGGGAAGUAAGUCAGCUUCCCGAUAAAAGAGUGACUUCUGCUCCCAUCCAGUUUGACCAGCAGGGCAAUGCUAACCAGACCCCAGCAGAAGAGCUGUGCUAUGUCUUUAUCAACCAUAGUGCCCUCAGCAGGCAGCUGUCAGGAAACUCUGCUGAGGAGUACUACGAGAACAUUUCCUACAAAGCUGAGAGGCCCAGAGAGUGUUUGGGAGGGACUGAGACUGAAUAUGCACUUGUCCAUGUGCCUUCCACCCCUAGGCAUCCACCUCACUCAGAAGGUGAAUAUGACCUUCUCAUGCCCAGCAAAUCUCACGCUCUUCAACAGCCAUAGCCAUGCAUAGCCCCUUAUGUGACUCAACUCUCCCAUGUUCCAAUGAAAUGACUGGACUAGAGUUUGUUAGGCACCCGCAAAUAAAAGUCAAGAAUGGGGACUUUGUUUAGCACAGGCAUGAGGCACAUGGCUCUCCAUCUUGCUUCUUCUGCAAGAUCUCUGCAGAGAAAGGGCUGCCAUCCAAAGAACUGUCUAGAUCCUGCUUGGUGUCCAGCAUCUGCAACUCAACCACUAUUUGAGAAAGGAGGUGCCAUCUUUGGAUUAAAGGGGUAUUGAAAGUACUUUGUAAUGGGACAGCUGCUACAGCUGUGUCUACCUCAAAAGGCUGUUUUUCUUCCUGGGCUCUUAUAAAAUAUCCCCAUGAUUGUCCUCUGAAGUUGGAGGAAUCAUGUACAUCAACUUAAGUAUCCUCAAGGGGGAAUUCUCUCAUUACAGUGACCUUGUAGCUCAGCCCUAUUCCCCAUAGGAGCUUGUGAUGGCCCUCUUUCUCUACGGGCAUAAGCAUGUCAUUCAAAUGGGAUUUUUUUUUUAUUCAUUAAUCUCCAUGGGCUGAUUGAUUAUGUGAGUUGAAUUGAGGGAUUCCAGUACACAUUUUUAUAUGAUUUUCUACUGUGGUAUAGAGAAUGAAACUCAUGGCCCUAUGAAUGCUAAGCAAAUGAUCCGACACUAAGCUACAAUCCCUACUCCUCUCACAAAUCUUAGUAAAACCAUCAUAAUACGAAAGAAUGAUGUAGUAGAAAGACUUUUAGGGAUCCUUUAAUUCUAGUGAUGAUUUUUUUGGGGGGAAAGAGUUCUCAAAGAGAAUAAUUUGCUCAAUGAUACAUUAAAGUUUGUGUCAGAACUUUGUCUAGAGCUUUUUAUUUUCAUUUUUAUUGUAAAGGUGAUGUACACAGGGGUUAUAG